UUCCCUCCCAAGCAGCAGAAAAAUGCCUUUGAAGUCUUCUCCACCAUCUCCUCCAGGUGGUGAAAGGAAGCCAGUCACCAUGCAGCCAGCUCAGGCUGGGGUGUCCUUUGAAGAGGUGGCCGUGUAUUUCACCCUGGGGGAGUGGACCUUGCUGCGCCCAGCCGAGAGAGCUCUGUACAAGAAGGUCAUGCUGGAGAAUUUUGGGAACUUGGCCUCUCUAAGAGCUCUGAUUGCCCAACCUGAUCUCAUAUCCUGGCUGGAAGAAGAGGAAGAGCUAUUUCUCCAAACCUCUGAAGAAGAGGAGGGAUUGGCAGGCGGCAGUGAAAAGACACCCCGGAUUCCUUCUUCAUCCUCUCUUCUGUGUGGUGAAGGGAAAAGAGGCAGCAUGCAGCCAGCUCAGGGUUGGGAGUCCUUUGAAGAGGUGGCUGUGUAUUUCACUAAGGAAGAGUGGACCCUGCUGAGCCCAGGCCAAAGAGCUCUCUACAAGGAAGUCAUGCUGGAGAAUUUUGGGAAUGUGGCCUCUCUGGGACCUCAGAUUGCCAAACCUGACCUCAUAUCCUGGCUGGAAAAAGAGGAAGAACUGUUCCUUCUGAUUGCUGAUAGAGAGGGAUUGACAGUAGGAGGUGUGCCAGAAUCAGAAGAUGAAUUGUCUCAGCGUCUUGGGAUACAGGAUGUACAUGAGAAACUAGAAUGUAGUGAUGCACUGAGGAAUGAGGAAAGAAAGCAUCCAUAUAAAGGGAGAACUACUUCUGGUCUUCUACAGGGGGGUGAAUCUCUAUUGCAAAAAACUGAUAAAGGAAAUAAUAGGAAUAUGUGUACUGCAAGCGGGGAAAUUGUUAAUAUUCAAUGGAAUUCUGAUGACAAAAGGACAAUAUAUAAAUACCUGGAGUGUGGAGAAAGCUUUGGGCAAAAAUAUAUACCAAUUUCCCAACAAAGAAUUCACAAAGAGGAGAAACCAUUUAAAUGGCUUGAAUGUGGAAAAAGCUUUGGUUACAGUGGGCACCUUACUUACCAUCAAAGAAUCUGCACAGGGGAGAAACCAUAUAAAUGCCUGGGAAAAGGGAAAAGUUUCAAUCAGCAUGGAAACCUUGCUUCUCAUCAAAAAGUUUACACAGGGGGAAAACCAUAUAAAUGUCUGCAAUGUGGAAAAAACUUCAGUCAAAGUGGAAACCUUACUAUCCAUCAAAGAAUUCACACAGGGGAGAAACCAUAUAAAUGUCUGGAAUGUGGAAAAAGCUUUGGGCGAAAAUAUACACUAACUUCCCAUCAAAGAAUUCACAAAGGGGAGAAACCAUUUAAAUGCCUGGAGUGUGGAAAAAGCUUUGGCCAGGGUAGUGAACUUACUUCCCAUCAACGAAUCCACACAGGGGAGAAACCGUAUAACUGCCUGGAAUGUGGAAAAAGCUUUAGUCAGAGUGGAAACCUUGCUUCCCACAAAAGAAUUCACACAGGAGACAAACCAUUUGAAUGCCUGAAGUGUGGGAAAAGUUUCAAUAAAAGUGGAAACCUUGCUUUGCAUCAGAAAGUUCACACAGGGGAAAAACCAUAUGAAUGCAUGAAGUGUGGGGGAAGGUUUGGGGACCGUAAAAGCCUUACAUGCCAUGAAAGAAUUCAUACAGGGGAGAAGCCAUAUAAAUGCCUGGAGUGUGGGAAAAGCUUCAGUAAGAGUGGAAACCUUACUGUCCAUCAAAGAAUUCAUACGAAGGAGAAAAAAUGCAAAUGCCUAGAGUGUGGUAAAUGCUUCUAUGACAGUGGAAAACUUUCUAGUCAUCAAAGAAUUCACAUAGGGGAGAAACCAUGUAAGUGCCUGGAGUGUGGUAAAUGCUUCAUUUUUAGUGGAAGCCUUGCUUGUCAUCAAAGGAUUCACAGAGGUGAGAAACCAUAUAAAUGCCUGGAGUGUGGAAAAAGUUUCACGCAGAGUGGAGGCCUUACUUGUCAUCAAAGAAUUCACACAGGGGAGAAACCAUAUAAAUGCCUGGAGUGUGGGAAAAGCUUCACUCAGAAAGGAAGCCUUGCUUCCCAUCAAAGAAUCCACACAGGGGAGAAACCAUAUAAAUGCAUACAAUGUGAAAAAAGCUUCAGAGUGAAGGACAGCCUUACUAGCCAUCAAAGAGUUCAUACAGGGGAGAAGCCAUAUAGAUGCCUGCAAUGUGGAAAAUGCUUUAAGGACAGAAUCAAACUUACUUCCCAUCAAAGAACUCACACAGGAGAGAAACCAUAUAAAUGCCUGGAAUGUGGAAAAGGCUUUAGUCAGAGUGGAAAUCUUGCUACCCACAAAAGAAUUCACACAGGGGAGAAACCAUAUAAAUGCCUGGAGUGUGGGGAAAGCUUCAGAGUGAGUGAUAGACUUAUUUCCCAUCAGAGAAUUCACAUGGGGAGAACUAUAGAAGUGCCCAGUGUGUGGGGAAAGCUUCAAUCAGAGAGAAAACCUUACUGUCCAUCAGAGAAUUCACACAAGGGAGGGGAAAUACAAAUGCCUAGAGUGUUGUAAAUAUUUCUGUGAUAAUAGAAAACUUUCUAUCCAUCAAAGAAUUAAUGCAGGAAAGAUACCAAGUAAGUGCCUGGAAUGUGGUAAAAUCUUUGCUCAGAGUAGAAGCCUUGCUUGCCAUCAAAGAAUUCAUACGGGAGAAGCCGUAUAGAUGCCUGCAAUAUGGAAAAAGUUCAGUGUGACUGGAAGCCUUACUUCCUAUGAAAGAAUUCACACGGGGAGAAAUGACUGGCAUGUGGGAAAAGCUUCAGUCAUGGUUUACACCUUAUUGUCCAUCAAGGAAUAAACACAGGGGACAAAUGAUAUAAAUGCCUAGAUUGUAGGAAAAACUUGUCAGAGAAGACAACAAUACCCAUCGAAGGAUCCACAUAGGGGAGAAACCACAUAUAUGUCUGGAGUAUGAAAAAGGUUUCAGCAAGAACCGAAACCUUACUUCCCAUCAAAGAAUUCACAAGGAGAAAAAAUGUGUAGGCAUCUAUAGAGUAGGAAAAGCUUUAUUCAAGGUGGAAACCUUGUCUAUCAAAGAAUUCAUAGAGGAGAGAAACCACAUAAAUUCCUGGAGAACUGAAAAGUCUUCUCUAAGUCUUCCCAUCGAAGAAUUUACUCAGGACUGAAACUAUAUAAAUACCUGGAGCAUGGAAAAAAACUUAGGACCAAGUGAAAACCUUAUUUAUAUUCUAAAAGGCUUUAGAAAUUAACAGCCAGAGUCUGAGAACUUGCAGUCUACUGCCUAGCUACACAACCAUCGUCAGUGGUUCAUUCCUUACGGACAUUCCAUGAGGGGAGGGGAACAUCUGCCACUCUGCAAGGCCCAGAUUUUACCCAGUGAAUGGGGCAGAGUCCUUAGCAUCUACAGUAGCAUCCACCAAGCAACAAAGAUUCCUGCUGACAUCUCUCUGAGUGGCAGAAAGGGGUGCAGCCAAAACCCCUUCUUGAAGCCCCUUGACCCCCUCACCUUCAGUGCUAGAGGACAGAAUUGAAACCAUCAGAAAGACCUGUGAUUUCUGUGAGACUCCUUGGCACCCCACAGAUAAGUCACAUAGGGUUUUCAAACGUUAAGUGGGACCUGGAGGUCUUUUGGAAUUACAUCUGAUCUCCAGACCAGAAGACAGGUCUUUAGGUAUCCUAUCCCCAGUAAUUUCCUUCCCCUUUCUAAAACCACCUUCUCCAAGCACUGCCCCCAAAUCUCCUGGGAUUUCCCAAGACAGAGCUGGCAAGAAAGAAUGUUUGAAAAACCACAACAAAGAAAUUCUGGUUCUGAGUUUUCACAGCAAACGUUUAGCAGCCUAAGGCUUACAUGCAUCCAGAGUGUUGAACUAGAUAGGCCAUUUGGCCUAAUCCAACAUAGCUUCUCUUAUGUCCUUACCUAGAAUUAUUUUUCUCUUGCUGUUCUGUAUAAAAAUUGCCAUGUAAGGCCUUUGGUCAGAGAGAAAAAGAGAGAGAGAGAAAAGAAAGUCCUACAUUGGGUGAACAUCUCUUGCUGGGCUUCCCAUUUUACUUAACAUUCUGCCAAUCAGCUGAAAACCUGAUCUGCUCUAAUCUUAGAGAACUGUCCUGCUUUCAUAUUUAACGAAGGUUGAGAACUGUCACGAGACCUGACUUUUAUUGCAUGCAUUUUUCAUGUACUUGUAGGAUUAAUCUGCACCUGUUUAUAUUGAUCAAGUUCUUUCCUUUAAAAACAGUUAUGCUUGAGUUUCAAUAAAAUAGUUAUCUUCAAGAAA